AUGGCUAAAGCAAGAAGACCAGUUACCAGGAACUCCUGUACUGUUUUCAUUUUUAUAACAGCCUUCUGGAAUAAUACUCAGCCUUUUGAGGAAAGUGGAUUCUCUGCCAUCUAUUCAAACAGAUUUCUUAAUCAGUUUCCUAAGAACCUUCCAGCAGAGACAACAGUGCUGGAUUUAUCACACAAUAAUAUCUCUCAGCUACAGAUAUCAGAGUUUAGGUAUAUUUUGAGAUUGCAGGUAUUAAACCUGUCUCAUAAUAUCAUCCAAGAGCUUGACUUCAGUGUCUUCCAAUACAAUGAAGACUUAGAACACCUGGAUUUAUCACACAACGUUUUACGGACUCUCUCCUGUCAUCCUGCUCUAAGUCUCCAGCAUCUGAAUCUCACUUUCAAUAACUACACAGACAUGCCCAUAUGCCCGGAGAUUGAUAUGCCGAAACUGCAAUAUCUUGGUCUCGGUGCUAAAAGGAUACUCGGAUCAGAUUUCAGUGCAGUUGCUCAUUUACUACUGGAUACUCUCUUCCUGAGCCUAGAAGACCUCUCUGAAUAUAAAGCGAAAAGUAUUCCAGUGUUCAACACAAAGACCAUUCAGCUUGUAUUACACCCCCACAAAGAUUUCCGUAUUCUCACAGAUCUAGAACUCAACGCUACAGAAAGUUUAGAAUUGUUCAACAUCCAUGAUACGCAAGUCAAUGAGUUGAGAAUGUUCUUGCUCAGCAGAAGUGGAAGAUUACUAAACCUAACACUGAACAAUAUGCAGUGUUCCUGGGAAGAGUUACUCAGCAUUCUGCAGGCUGCACGGGAAACAACUGUUGAACAUUUAGUUAUCUCUGAGGCCGCUACGAUGGAUACAACUGAAGCAAACAAUUUUAAUUAUACUGAAACAUCUCUAAAAACAUUAGUAAUUAAACAGACUAUAAUCACUUCAGUUGAAUCUCAUCCACAAUACAUGUAUAGGAUAUUUUCAGACAUGAACAUCACAGCAUUGACCAUUUCUGGUGCAAAGGUGAUACACAUGCUUUGCCCUUCCAAACCCAGUCAUUUUACCUACCUAUGUUUUUCUUAUAACCUUUUAACAGAUGCAGUGUUUGAAAGCUGCAAUAAUUUGACCCUCCUUGAAACUCUAAUUCUACCGGGAAAUCAGCUUAGACAUCUAAUAAAAAUGAGUUUAAUGACCAGCCACAUGAAGUCUCUGAAAUAUUUGGACGUGAGCCAGAAUUUAUUGCAACACGAAGACCAUGAGAAGGGGUGCCACUGGGGUGAAAAUCUGGCUGAACUGAAUUUGUCAUCGAACCAGUUGUCCAAUUCUGUCUUUCACUGUUUGCCAGUCAACAUCCAAAAGCUUGAUCUUCAAAACAACCAAAUUUCAAGUAUCCCCAAAGAGAUUGUUGAGCUCAAAGCUUUGGAAGAACUGAAUUUGGCUUUUAAUAGGCUAACUGAUCUGCCUGGAUGUGGUCAGUUUACAAGUCUGAGAUUACUGAAUACAGAAAUGAAUUCAAUAGUGACACCAUCUUCCAAAUUCUACCAUACCUGUCCGAGCAUCAGAGAAGUAAAAGCAGAGCACAACCCAUUCAGGUGUUCCUGUGAAAUAAGAGAGUUCAUUGAUCUUAGAAAACAAGGAUUAGUGGUAUUGGUUGGCUGGCCUGAGUCUUAUCAAUGUGAAUACCCAGAAGACGUAAGAGGAAUCCGGUUAGAGGAUUUUCAUGACUCUGAACUUGUCUGCAACUCAACACUUUUGGUUGCCGUCGUUCUAGUUAUUACAGUGGUCUUUGUGGCUAUCGUUUGCUUCCUGUGCAUCUAUUUGGACAUCCCUUGGUAUUUGAAGAUGAUGUGGCAGUGGACUCAAGUGAAACACCGGAUUUGGAAAAAUAAUCCUGAAGACUUUCUUGAUAAUAUAGAAUUCCAUGCCUUUAUCUCAUACAGUGAGCAUGAUUCCGACUGGGUGAAGAAUGUCUUGAUUCCAAACUUGGAGAAGGAGGAUGGUUCCAUACGGAUCUGCCAACAUGAAAGGAACUUCAUUGCGGGCAAGAGCAUUGUAGAGAAUAUCAUAGACUGCAUUGAGAAAAGUUACCGAUCCAUCUUUGUGUUGUCUCCCAAUUUUGUUCAGAGUGAAUGGUGUCAUUAUGAGCUGUACUUUGCCCAUCACAAGCUAUUCAGGGAAAACACCAGUAGUCUGAUCCUCCUCUUGCUAGAACCAAUCCCACCCUACAUCAUUCCUGCAAAGUAUUACAAACUAAAAGCUCUCAUGGCAAAGAGAACCUACAUGGAGUGGCCAGCAGAGAAGAGCAAGCAUGGACUUUUCUGGGCGAAUCUUAGGGCUGCUGUUCAUAUUAGGCUUCCAGAGACAUGA